AUGCGAAUUCAAACUGUUACAAUUGUUACAAUAGCUCUAUUUUUGGGCAUUGCUGCUUUAGUUCUUCAUUUAUUAGCUAUGUGUUCACCUCAUUGGAAAAUAACAAAACGAGAUGCUCAACCCAUAAUGGGACCUGUUAGUUAUGGUCUAUGGGAACGAUGUGAAUAUACAAAUAUUACAAUAAUAAAACAAGGUCUUGCACUUGGUACUCGUCCAAAUGUUCGAAUAUGUUGGCCAAAUCGUUAUAUGAGAUAUUCUCCAGAUAAAUAUAGUACAUGUUCUAGUAUUCGUCGAAAAUGUUCAGUAUUUGACCCAAGUGAUUUACCUGAAGGAUGUUCAUGUCGUUAUUUACCAUCAGCUAAAGGUUCACAAUGGUUAACAAUUUUAGCAGCUGUUUUUCUUAUUCUCGGUUUACUUUUACUUUAUUUAAAAACAAUAGCAUCACCACAAAAUGAUAGUGCACUUUUUGUACUUACUUAUGGACCAUAUAUAUGUUUUCUAUUAACAUUACUUUUAAUGAUAACAGGAUUAAUUCUUAUUGGUGCAUAUCUUCGACGAGAUACAUAUGAAGAUUAUUCAUUUCCAUUAGACAGUAUAUCAAAUAAUACUCAAGACAGACAAUCUUAUGAUUUACAUAGUCUUCGUAAUUAUGCUAAAUAUCAUGAAGCAACAUUUUCUCAUGAACGUUAUGUUGCAGCUGAAGAUGAAUUAAUUAAAGAUGCAAAUUCACAUUUUCAUACAACAAUUGGAUGGGCAACUGGCUAUGAAAUAAUUGCAGCCACAUUGAUGUUUAUUGUUACUGCAUUGUCAUUUUUACUUAUGAUAGCAUCAAGAUCAGAAGAUAUUUAA